CGUAUUCUGUUGGGUAAACAAAGCAGACAGUAAACAGAAUGAGUUGUGCUGGUAGCCACUGGGGAGAAUUUCAGGAUGGUCAAAGCAGCAACAAUGAUGACUGGAGCCUCAGUGGUUCUGACAUGGAAGACCUCCUAAAACCACUACCACCAACUCCUCCAACCCUUCACCAGCCAUCUCAGGAGGAAACAUCAUCAUUUCAGAAACUUCCAGCAGAAUUUUGUCGAACAGACCCCUUAGUUUUGCAAACAAUCAGAUUACUACAAUAUCAGAGACAAGUUGCCCAGCUUAUAAACAGAGCACAGAGUAUAGGUAUGGAGGGGAAUAGCUUCCCAUCAUGCCAAGCACCUCCUGAUGAGCCUGUGCUUGACCGUAAAACUGCAAAGCCACACUUCUUAUUCUUUAUUCCUCCUGAGAAAACGUCUUACACAAUUGGGAAGAAUGAACCACAGUUACUAGAAGUGGAGGGCACAACUGCACGACUUAUUUUGAGGAAAGCUGUAGCAACAGUAUGUGCUCACACAGGAUACACUGACACAUCUGAGAGUGUGCUCAGAUUUCUCACCGAUGUUCUCCACGAAUUUUUGACGAAGCUGACCAAUCUACUGCGUGCUAACACAGACUCCCUUCUAUUGACAGACAGAUGUCCAUUUCAUGAUGUUAUGGAGCAAAGCCUUCACGAUAUUGGGAUUGGCAGCAUGAAUGAGUUACACCAAAUGUACCGAGAACGUGUCAUUCAGUAUCAUACCAGAGUCAGGCAGGAGAGCUUUCAGUUGUAUCAUCAGUACCUUGCUCUUACACAAAAUAAGGAAGGCAGUAUUGCAACACCUGGGUCUCGAAGGGAGAGUACAGGGGAUUGGUGGGGAGAUGACUGUGGCAGUCAGCAUGGAGGUCCAAGUGGCACCUCUGCACCAGGUCUGGAUGAUACCUCUGUCCCAUCUAUUAAAAGUACUUCAAGUCUGGAUCCUGAAUUAUCACUCCAUCCAUUCUCUGUGUUGAGCCAAGUCGGAGGUGAUGGAGAGGAAGGGGUCCAGCACUCACCUGCCACCACACAACAAUACCAGCUAUACCCUCUUACACCCAGAUAGAUGUGAUUACUACAUUUUGCCUGUAUAUAAUCAGUGCAGAUUUCUUGCCUUACAAUUUGCACAUUAUUCUCAUAAGAUUUAUUGUAUGUUAACUUUUUAUUAUUAAACUGUUAUUAUUUUUUAUAGCUAAUAACUAUUUUUCUUUAGUGAGGUUAUAUUUUGGUUUAAUGCUUUUUUUUUUGACACACCAAACUGUUCAGUUGCCUAAAUUGCAUUACUAAAUAUGGCUGUCUGCCAAAUUAUAGUGUUAGAAUUCAGUACUUCAGUUUUGGUAUUGUAAUUUCAAGUUCCUCUGAUUUUACAUUGUUGGUUGUAUACCAAUGAUUUUCCUACAUGGUACAUUAUUUCAAGUGUGAGAAGUAUUUAGCCUGCAAGUUAUACUGUAUUAAAAUCUGUAAUUUUCUCAAGAUUGACAGAAAUUUCAGAUUUCUUAGUUUGUGUACUAUGUAACUUCAAAUUAAAAGAAAAACUAAU